UUAGAGGUUCCGAACCUAACAUUAUAAAUUUGAUAUGCAAUAUUAGUAAUUUUUUUCCGAAAAAUUUGCUACUUCAUGUAAAGUUUGAUGUCCUCAAAAGUUUGAUCAACCUUUGUUUGAAUAUUCCCAAAAGCAGUGCUCAAACUUAGAAUGACCUUUAGUUUUAAUGAGAUAAUGGAUGAACACUUUCUCCAGAAUGGCAGAGACUACGAAUUUAAAUAUUGGCAAUCAAAUAGUGUCAAGCCAUCUCAGAAUUACUUAUUUGCUGAACAUAAUGAUGAUGCAACAAAGUGAAUUUCGACUAGUCUAGAUCUCAACUUGAGUUUAAAGGAGAUUACCAUGCCUCGCCUUCAAUAUGAACUAAUUAUCAAAGAAGGUUCCGAACAGAGAAGCGAAGACCGAUCUGAAGACACUUGACAAGGAUUUGUAAAAGGGCCUUAUGAAGCCAGUACACAACAAGAGCCUACACAGACACUUCUUCUCACUAUGGAUAGAAGCAGUAGUUCAACUCUUGAAUGUGAGACUAAGAAAACAAUUACUGAAUCAAGCCUAUCGACAAAACCCUAGCGAUCAAACAACUUCCAAUCAGACUCUAAGUGAGGCCCUUUCAAGUCUCAUUGAAGCGAUUAAGCCUCAGCUUUUAUGGAUGCCAAUAGGAAUCAGUAUAGAACAAAGCUGUAAGAAAGGUUACCAGUCAUCUGAUCAUCUUGUAAUCAGAAGUACAUUGAUCACCAGCAAUGAAGAGUUGCUUCAUCAUAUGGCAGAAAAUGAACGAGAACUCAUCGCUGAUUUGCAGAGCUGGGUGCCAAGCGAAGAAGCCAUCAGAGCAUCUUUAAAGAGGCUCUUUGUCAAAUUCAAAAGCUUAUUUAACUCACUUUCACUACUAGCUUCUAGGGUUGUUAGAGUAAUUGAAAUAAAACAAGAAGCCCAAGUGAAUGACUUCUUCUGCAACGCAAAUUUAGCAACUCUUAUAUCGAUAGAGAAGCCAGAUUAGCCUUGAUUU